UUGGUAUCGUCCAUUUAUCAAGGCAACAUGGAGGCGCUGGUAAAACGGACGCAUAUGGACACCAGACAAGUCAUCGGGGUGUACGGGGAGGUCAGCGGUCUCCCUGCGCCUGUUUCUGCUCAUGUGAGUGAAGAGCAGCUUCCAGAGCUCCGGACCUACACCGUGACUGCUGAGUGGAGUCAGAGCGACCUUGUCCGAGGCUCCAGACUUCGCUACUCGCAGCAGUGGACUCUGAUCACAGACAGCAAUGACCACCAGAGCAUCAUAACUGUCCUUCCACCAGGACCCUGUGUACCUGUUUCUGGAGAGUUACUGAGUGGACUCUCUCCCAUUCGAGCCCUGAGGGCCGUUGUCAGGGAAACAAGUGGCCAGCAGCUCCUUGAGAUAUGGGACCGCCACGGCCUCAGGAAAUGCCUCAACCUGACUGCUCUCAACAAACACGGCCGAGUGUACGAUGACGCUCAGUUUGGCUGUCUGUCAUGGUCGGAGUGUGAGAACAAACUGCUGUAUGUAGCUGAGAAGCGCAAGAACACAUCAAUAGAAUCACCUGAAGGGGAAUCUGCAUGCAGGAAGGACAGGAGUGUGUAUUGUGAAGACUGGGGUGAGGCUUUGACCAAUAAGAGUGUCCCGGUGAUUUGUGUUGUGAAUCUGCAGAGCGGCUCUGUUACUGUGCUGCAGGAUGUCCCGCCCGAUGUCUCACCUGGACAGGCUCUGUGGGCUCCUUGCAGUCAGUCAGUGGUUUUCGUUGGUUGGUACCACGAACCCUUCAGACUCGGACUGAGGUUUUGCUCCAACCGCAGGUCAGCGUUAUUUAAACUCGACCUGGAUGGAAACUGUGAGUGUCUGUCUGGGGACAACCUGUCGGUGUCCUGUCCCAGGCUGAGUCCAGAUGGGUCCAUGCUGGUCUACCUGCAGGGUCAAGUGUUUGGUCCUCACAACCAGUGCCUCAGUCUGCAGCAGUUAGACCUGAAGAGCGGGAAGACCUCCACACUGCUGGAUGUUGUUAACAGACCACGGACUGGGGAGUUUGCAGGUGUGUAUGAAGCUCUGCCGCCCUGCUGCUGGUCUGCAGAUGGUCAGAGAGUGGUGUUCAGCAGCGCUCGCAGAAACGGGAAGGAUCUCUUUAUGGUUGACCGAAGAUUAAACAAAGUUACCUCCCUCUCUGAUAGUCUCUCUGAUUUUUCACUUUAUGGCAGCUGGAAGCUGCUGACGGUCCAGAAGGACCUGAUGGUCGUCUGCUGCUCAAGCCCUAACACACCUCCCACUCUGAGGGUGGGUUUCCUCCCUUCAGCAGGUGAGGAUGUGACCUGGCGAACCCUGCAGGAGCCCGUCAUGACGUUUGACUUCCACUGGACAGUUCUAGAUGUAACACCUCCACCAGAGGAGGACAACCCACACUACUCUGGUUUAGACUUCGGGGCUGUCCUGGUUAAACCGUCCCCGCCCCUCUGUGAAACCAAGACACCUCUGGUCGUCUUCAUCCAUGGUGGCCCCCACUCCCAGUUUGCAGCAGAAUGGAAUUGUACCACAGCUGGACUGGCUAAACUCGGCUUUGCUGUGCUCAUGGUGAACUACCGGGGAUCCACAGGGUUCGGCCAGGACAGCAUUUUGUCCCUGAUUGGUCAGAUUGGAAGCCAGGAUGUUAAAGAUGUGCAGACGGCGGUGCUCACUGCGCUGCAGAUGGACAUCACCCUUGACCCCAAACGACUGGCUGUGAUUGGUGGUUCUCACGGGGGUUUCCUGUCUUGUCAUCUGGUUGGUCAGUACCCAAAAUUCUACAGAGCGUGUGCGGCCAGGAACCCUGUUAUUAAUGCUGCUACUUUAUUGGGCACUAGCGACAUAGUAGACUGGCGUUACACCAGUGUGGGUCUUCAGUACUCAUAUGACCAGAUACCUACUGCUGAAGCCCUGGCUGCCAUGUUACAGAAGUCCCCCAUUACACAUGCUGCUCAGAUCAAGGCUCCAGUCUUGCUAAUGCUGGGGGCCAAAGACAGGCGAGUGUCUCCUCACCAGGGUCUCGAGCUCUACAAAGCACUGAAGAGCAGAGCUUCACCUGUCAGACUGUUGUGGUUUCCAGAAGACGGACAUUCUCUGUCCAGAGUGGACACACAGGCCGACUGCUUCCUCAACACAGUGCUUUGGCUGCACCAGCAUCUCUGAGAACACACACACACACACACACACACACACACACACACACACACGUGCACUUAGACUGAAGGAGUUCUGCUGCGGAUGAACUUCCCUGUAAAAGAAGAUAAAUUAUUUCAUGAUCACAACAUUUGCCAGUCUGAAACACACCACUGCCUUUUUUACAACAAAAAUACUUUCUCUUUGUACAAUGUACCCAAUUUUGUAAAAACAUUUUCAAAUCAAAGAACUUAAUACAAUCUUACAAACCUGUAUUAAUU